UCGUGGCAGCUCCCUCUUCCCCCCAGCUUCUCUCACAAUGGUACUGCCCUCCCCUACACUGGUGGUACGGCCCAUCCCGCUCCGCCCUCCGGGUAGCACCGUCAUGGAGCUGCCGCCAUCCACCAUAGAGCAGCCACCAUCCGCUUCCUUCGCGGAGGUGCUGCGGCUGGUGCGGAGCGGGCAGCAGCCGCCGGGUGUGAGGAACCCCCACGCCUCACCCACUGGGGACAGCCCCACUGCUUCCCGUCUCCCGCCACCCACCAAGCCCUGGGAGAGCCGCCAUGGGCAGCCUCCGGCACUCCAGCAUGACUCCAAAGACAACGGGAGUAGAAACGUACACUGCAGCCAGCACUUGGAGAAUAAAGAACCCUCAUCGCUCUCAACCCAGCAGCCUGGCGGGAGCAGCGACAUUGGUUGA